AUGGUUAUGAUGGAAUUAGACGCAAGAAAUUUUGAUGACGUCAUUGGAGAUCGGUUCGUUAUGGUCGAAUUUUAUGCCCCAUGGUGUACCGCAUGUAAGAAAUUCGCACCAUCUUACGAGAACAUAGCCGAGUAUUUUGCGAACAGAGAAGACGUUGUCAUAGCAAAGAUUGACGCUUACAGUGAAAAGUCGUUGUCACAGAGAUACGAUAUAACGGGGUUUCCCACUGUGCUUUAUUUUGAGAAGGGAAACACUAAGCCAUACCGUUUUAAAGGUACAAAUGUGCUAAAGAUGGUGACCUUGAUAGAAGAGGUAGCUGGGAGAUUUGCCAAAAAGUAUAAUACCAACGUCAAGUUCGUCACAUCAUGGAAUUUCACUACAACCAUUGUGGACAAUGACAAGCAUGCUCUGGUGGAAUUGUACGACAAAGCACACGACGAAUGCAGAAAACUUUAUCCCGUCUUUGAACGGGUUGCAUCGGUGUAUAAGAACGAUCCGGAUAUACUAUUUGGUCGUGUUGAUCUGAGUCGUGAUACGGACAGAUAUCUUCUAGAACAUUAUCAUGUCCACGCUCUCCCGGCAUAUCUGUGGUUCCCACAAAGAACUAAAAGAUCAAAACUGGCAGGGCGUAUCCCCAGUAUCGAUCCCAUCAUCGCUAAGUACUCAAGAAAAAUCCAAAGUGGUGAUACGGCUUCCACUAGAGAGGACAUACUGAGGGCGUCAUCCCAGCUUACAACGGACAUAGAAAUAAAAUAUGUUGACUACUAUUUAGCUGUCCUGAAGAAAAUUCAAGAAAAGGGAGUUUCUUUCGUCCACGAGGAAAUACAACGAGUGAAUAACAUCAUUGGUGGUAAGGUGAGCAAGGAGAAGUUGGACGACAUGACGAGAAGAGGAAACAUUCUACGUCACAUCCUUGAAUAUACCGAUGGUUCUACGCGUAUAGGCAUUGAAGGAGAGGUGCCUGGUAGAAAAAUUACCUUUUCAAAUGAAAAAGAAGAACUUUGA